GCGCUUCGAACCAGCGCCAACUCUUAUACGCGCGAGCUCUUAUACAGGCCAGCAGGCAGCAUAAAAUAUACGCGAUGUCUUACUUUUUGGCCAUUUGUGUUAGCGACGCUGUCUGUGCGCGCCACGAAUCGGGCACGCGGCUGCCAAACUGCGACCUGCGAUAGCAACAAACCAACAAACCAAUCCAAACCAAUCCAAACCAAACAACAACAAUUCUAAUCAAAUUCGACAACAGUUAAGAACAGCAACAACAGCAAGAGCGGUAAAUGCAAUUGAAUUGAUGUAAUCAAAAAAGAAGCGAGUGAAUGUCCGCGACAUAAAUAACAACAAAAGCGAAAAAUAAGAAGAAUCGCUGGCCAUAAAAGCCAGCUGAAGAUAAAACGUUAACGUGCUCGACCAAUUGGUUUGCCGGUAAUUGGCGGUAUCGGUGCGUUUGUGUGCGUUUAAUUGUGAUUACUUAUUUGCAAAGUUACGGCAUUAUUGUGCGUAAUAAAAAUUAACACAAAUACCAAUGUGCAGUUGAGAAAGUUCAAUCAAUAGAAGAAACAUACCGAUAGAUAUUUACAAACUUGACACCCUGUAUAUAUUGAAAUAAACUAAAAGCAUUGCCUGCCAAAGAAACGGCAACAAUAACAACAACAGCAACUACUAUAGCAACACGUCCGUUACACGACCAACCGCAACAGUCGCUGCAAAAAGCAACCAACCAGAAGCUGCCAACACAAAAAAUAAAACAAAAUGCGACGAAAUAUCAAACUAAUUGUCUUUGUCAGCGUCAUCUGGAUGUUUGUGAUGGUUUACUACUUUCAGUCCAGCACAGAGAAGGUGGAAAAUCGCGCCCUGCGAUUACGUGAAGUGGCCACAGCCAUGCAACAGUAUCAGGACGAUGUGUCCGGAGGCGCGGGUGCGGGGGCGGGGGCGGCGUCUACUGCACGCCAAUGGGCCACAGCCAGUCGUCAGGUCCAUGGACAGAUGGGUGCCGGUGCCGGUGCAGGUAUUGGCGUUGGCAGUGGCAGUGCAGACGAUCCCGGCGGCAAUAUUAUACUAAUCGGCUCCGUAAAGGACUUCGAGCGCAAUGCGGUGCACGGCCUCAAGUUGAAUGGCAUUGUGGCUCUCGAUGAGACAUCGCAGGGGAGCAGCGGCCGCGGCAGCACGGGUCCGUCAGACGGGCGCCUGCCAAUGGCGCCGAGUGGUGGCGGUGGCGAGGUGGAGUAUUUCGAUGAGGCUGGCUACAUAAAGGGCGGUUCGCUGCGGACAGGAGAGGAUCCCUACAUACGCAAUCGAUUCAAUCAGGAGGCCAGCGAUGCACUGCCCAGCAAUCGUGAAAUACCCGACACCAGAAAUCCCAUGUGUCGCACUAAGAAGUUCCGUGAGGAUUUGCCCGAGACGAGUGUUAUCAUCACCUUCCACAACGAGGCACGCUCCACCCUGCUGCGCACCAUUGUCAGUGUCCUGAAUCGCAGUCCCGAGCAUUUGAUACGCGAAAUAGUGCUGGUUGACGAUUUCAGCGAUCACCCUGAGGAUGGUCAGGAGCUGGCCAAAAUUGACAAAGUUCGCGUGAUACGCAAUGACAAGCGCGAGGGCUUGGUGCGGUCGCGGGUUCGGGGCGCCGAUGCUGCAGUGAGCAGUGUCCUUACAUUCCUGGACAGCCAUGUGGAGUGCAAUGAGCAGUGGCUGGAACCGUUGCUGGAACGUGUGCGAGAGGAUCCCACACGCGUCGUCUGUCCCGUCAUCGAUGUGAUUAGCAUGGAUAAUUUCCAAUAUAUUGGCGCUUCGGCGGACUUGCGUGGCGGCUUCGAUUGGAAUUUGAUUUUCAAAUGGGAGUACCUCAGUCCGACGGAGCGUGCGGCGCGCCACAACGAUCCCACCACUGCCAUACGCACGCCCAUGAUUGCCGGCGGUCUGUUUGUCAUUGACAAGGCGUACUUCAAUAAGCUCGGCAAAUAUGAUAUGAAAAUGGAUGUGUGGGGUGGCGAGAAUCUUGAGAUAUCGUUCCGUGUCUGGCAGUGUGGUGGCAGCUUGGAAAUCAUUCCCUGCAGCCGAGUGGGCCACGUUUUCCGCAAACGCCAUCCCUACACAUUCCCGGGCGGCAGUGGCAACGUCUUCGCACGCAACACACGUCGCGCCGCCGAGGUCUGGAUGGAUGACUACAAGCAGCAUUACUACAAUGCGGUUCCAUUGGCCAAGAACAUUCCGUUUGGCAACAUUGACGACCGCUUGGCUUUGAAGGAAAAGUUACAUUGCAAGCCGUUUAAGUGGUAUCUGGAGAACGUUUAUCCCGACUUGCAAGCACCCGAGCCACAGGAAGUUGGCCAAAUUAGGCAGGACAUGACCGAAUGCCUUGAUACAAUGGGCCAUUUAGUCGAUGGCAAUGUGGGUCUCUUUCCUUGUCACAACACGGGCGGAAAUCAGGAAUGGGCCUAUUCGAAGCGUGGGGAAAUCAAACACGACGAUCUCUGCCUGACCCUCGUGCAGUUCUCACGCGGCUCCCAGGUGGUGCUGAAGAACUGCGAUGACACGGAGAACCAGCGCUGGACCAUGCGAGAAGGCGGCCUGGUACGGCACCAGAAAAUAAACGUGUGUCUGGACUCCCGGGAACACAAUGAGCACGGCAUUAGUGCCCAGCGUUGCAACUCAGCGCUCUCCACACAACGCUGGGUCUUCACCAAAUAUGCGUGAAAGCAGGCGGAGCAGGAGUAGCUAACUAACUAAAUUUUAGUUAAUCUUAUCGAGAAUGAGCUGCAGUGGAGUGAAUGGAUGGGAUGAGAGUAGAGAAUUCAGCUGUAGCUAAAAAUUAUGAGCCAGGCAGGAAGGCAGGGUCGUGAUAUUUGUGCAUGUCUAUACCUACACUAUGAUAUGUAAGUAUGUAUGUGCGUGUUAUGAUUUUACAUGUUGAUUUGUUGCUGAACACAAAACACACACACACACACACAAAACAAAAACACAACAAUAAAUGGGGCAUUACAAAAAUGAAAAAAGUUUAAACAAUAAGUUCAACUAUAAACUUUAGUUAAAAAGUCGCAUAAGUUUAGCUCGGGGGAUCGCUCUAUUUAAGGCACUAACUAAAUUGCUUAAAACGAAAACAAAACUAAAUACGAGUAUACAAAUAUCUUCUUGGGGGGGUCUAAACAAAAAAACAAAAACGAAAUACAUACAAAAAAUGUACUUAGACUGAUUAAUUUUUUGUAUAUGUAAAAGCACGUUGCAUAAAACUCAUGAAUGAAAACUUUCCGUAGGCAGCUUAAAAAGACAACCAACCAUUUAUUUGCCAGUCAUGAACACGAACUAUAUGCUCAAUAAAACUAAACUAAACUCUAUCUAUAUAAUUAUAAUUUGCAUAUUUUCCGAGUCAAUUACCCACAAACAGACGCUCAGAGUUCUCUCCUAAUUACUGUACUUAAAACGCAAAGAAAAAAAUUAUCAUUAGCUUAAGUUAUAACUUUAAGUGCAACACACAUUUAUCAUGUAUAAAAAAAUGAAUGCAAUACAAUGCAAAGUGUUAGGUGUAUAUACGAAAUUAUUUAAAAUCAUCAAAACACUAUCAAGCCAAACAAAAUCACAAAAGAGGAUUUCAUCUUUACGUUUCCAAAACCGAUUCCCGCAUAUCUCAUCUACAUGUUUGACAAAACAACAAAGCGAAACUCUUUUUAUAAAAAAAUGAACACACACACAUUCUCUCCACAGGCAUUUGGUUCUGCCAUAGUUUAAGUAAAAAAAUAAUAAUAAUAUAUCAAUUUAUACAAAAUAGUUUCCUUUGCUGUGCGUGCAUGAAAUGCGCAAACAAUUCCUUUUCAAUUUAUUUGACAUUCCAUCGACGAAUUUUUUACCUUUAAUAGUUUUGCUGUUUUGUUUAUGUUUUUUAUAGUAAAGCACACAUACAGAAAUGUGCGCGUGUAUGUAUUUGUUUUCUGAUGAACGAUUUUUGUUAGUUUGU